ACCACCCAAGCCCAGCCCAGCCCAGCCCGCUGUCUUUCUUCCUCUACCCCCGAUUCCCUCGUCUCCCGCCGCCGCCGCGGCCCCCGCACACCGGCGACCUCGCUCCCGGGCUCGGCCCUCUCCCCACCGCAGCCGCCCUCCACCCCCACUCCCUCCUCCUCCCCUCGCCUUCUCCCCCAGAUCGAGCAGCAGGUCAGGCGGCGGCCAGAUCCGCCACGGUGCUUCAGGAUCCGCGCCGUCAUCACGCGAGGGAGGUCGGCUGCUUCUCCCCAGUCGCUCGCGCGCCAGGAGGGAGCUCGCUGCGGCUCGGCCGCUCCGACCCUAGCGUCAACGCCAUGGAGCUCGUCAACAAGGAGAACUUACCCCUGGAGGAGGGAUUCGGGAGCCUGAGAUAAAUCUUCGGGCCCAACAAGCAGGCUCCAGGAGGAGGAGGAGGUAUGGAAGGGGACGACGGGACCUCGGCGGUGGAGGCAGUGCUGGGGCUGAGCCCUCAGAUCUUCAUCAACGAGGUCCUCAACAUGGUCGACGACAUCCGCUUCCAGGCCUUCGAGUACUGCCUCCAGGAAGGUGCCCCCGCGGCCGUCAGCACCGCCACGGCGACCAAUAAGGCUGAGGAGCUGAAACGGGGAGUAAAUGCAAUUUGCAACUUGGUAACGGAUGUAUUGAACAAAAGAAUGAGCAAUUGGGAGAUGUAUUACCUUCGGAAAUGUUUAACUGUACCUGAAGAAUUUGUGGCACCUGAAGAU